CGAAAGAAAAUGUCUUACAGCAACACGCUGAAAGAUCUCUUCUACAAAAAGGAAACCCAAGAGAGGAGUGUGGCUGUUCUGGCGGCGGCCACGCAUAAUGUCUCUACUCCAGCCAUUGUUGUGGAUCAUCCGAGCAGCGAUGAAGGCGGAGAAUCGCCAUUGGGCUCACCCCAAUCGGUACGGAGGAAAAAGCAUCUGUCGCCUUUGGACUUGAGGCUCUCCAUCGGGAGCUUAUCCGCUCCAGCUUCGCCAACGCCGAGUUUGAGAUCGCGGAGCUCCACCUUUUUCCGCAUGCACAGUGCGUCACUUACCUCUCUCUUUGAGAAAGACAGACGUCAGCAGCUCGUGGAGAGCCAUAUGGGUCUGGCUUUGGCCUUGCUGAGCGCCAUCCUGAUGUCGGUUUAUUCACACAUGUAUAAGCAGAUUAGCGAUCAAAUUGCCAAACCCACUGUGCUUAUACUACGAGGCGUGAUUCAAGCAAUGGUCAUGUUUCUGAUUGCACAACGGUCCAACACGCCUCUGAAGGCCAAGAAUGUCCCUCCGGGCACGACUUUUUGGCAAAAGUACAAGGUCUAUAUGAUUCUUUUGACCGUGGUAUUGAUUGGAGGCAUCCGAUUGUGUUUAAUCUUUGCUGGUCUGCAACUCAUUCACAUGUCGACGGUUCACACAAUCCUGAAUGGAUCUCCUAUCCUUGUGAUGGUUUUGUCCCAUUUCUUGCUUCAAAACGAUCGCUUUUCGUGGGUCAAGGGCCUUUCUUGUGUGCUACUUGUGGGUGGAGUUGUACUCAACUUCCAGCCCUACAAAUGGUUGAACGACAAAUUUGAAAUUGGUUUUGGGUUGGGCGUAGCCUUCAGUUUGGGAGCAUUGGUGUUCUCCGCCUGUGGGUCGGUGUUCACAAAGAUGAUCACCAAAAACUUCAGCAAGCUUCACAUCGCCGCCUACAUCGGUCUAAGUAUCUUGGUGGUGGCGUUACUCUCGUUGCUCACGGACUCGUUGGUUAUGAACUUGGUCAAAGGAGACGUGGACCCCGCCUUGGAAGACCAACUUUUGGACAUUUUUCCCAAUACUACUAUUCUUGAGGAUCACGAUGGCCUUGAUGUGGCCUGCAUCGUGCGAAAAAUCCUGGAUGAAUACCAACUGAAUACGACCUCGUUCGAGAUGGAGAAUAGCACUAGCAUCCCAGAGGAUGUGAGACAUGCUUGUCUGAUCAAAGAGCCCCCGCUCCUGCCCAUACAUCCUGGGGUCUGGAUCAAUGCCAUCUUCGUAGGAAUCAUGGGCAGCAUUCAACAAUUUUGCAUCAUUGCCGCACUCCAGAAGGACAAACCCUCGAAAGUGACCAUGGUGCGGUCAUUGAACAUUCUCAUUUCUUUUACCAUUCAAAGCUCUACAGAUGCAAUGCCCAACCCCUUGGAGGCGAUAGGAGCCCUCCUCGUUCUGGUGGCCAUCACUUUUGUCGCCUUCGAGGCUCCGGUUACCAAGGCGAUGCAAGAAAUCCCUUGUAUUGGCAAAUACCUAAAGAAGGAGGAGGCUCCCCCUCCAGGACCCCUUCGGAAAGGGCUCACACCUAGCAUCUCGAAAAAGAUUGCAGACUCGAAUCAAAACAAGCAAUCCAAGGAGACAUCGAGCCAGUCCAAGACUAAAUCAGAACAACAGAAACAAGACGAUGCGAAUAAGGACGCGGGCAGGGCUCUCAGAAUCUACCCUUUGCCAGGACAGGCAAAAUAACACCUUCCCAUCUCAAGUGUUUGUUUCCGCAUUCACACCUUCUGGUUUUCUAUGGAAAUCCCUUUGGAAGCACCAACUUUUAACGCCGCAGACCUCUUAUAUUUAU